CUCUGCUGCGGGGUGAUGGCUAUAUCUAUAUAUGUCUCCCCCGCCGCUUGAACUCGUCAAUCCACAAUCACCUCGCAUCUAGUACUUCCCAACUAUACAUCGCCCACCUUCAAUUAUAUACAAUAACCCGGCCUAUCCAAAACCAAACACGAUGGGAUCGAUAACGACCACUUCCACUCUCCCCCCAGACUUCCUCUGGGGGUUUGCGACCGCCAGCUACCAGAUCGAAGGCGCCGUCACCGAAGACGGCCGCGGCCCCUCCAUCUGGGACACCUUCUGCAAGAUCCCAGGCAAGAUCGCCGGUGGAGCCACCGGUGACGUCGCUUGCGACUCAUACCACCGCACCGCCGAGGACAUCGCCCUGCUGAAGGAAUGCGGUGCCCAGGCGUAUCGCUUUUCUAUCUCAUGGUCCCGCAUCAUCCCCCUCGGCGGCCGCAACGACCCCAUCAACGCAGAUGGUCUCCAGCACUACAUCCGCUUUGUGAAUGACCUCCUCGCGGCGGGCAUCACACCCUUGGUCACGCUCUUCCAUUGGGACCUUCCCGAUGAGCUAGACAAGCGGUACGGCGGACUGCUGAACAAGGAGGAGUUCGUAAAGGACUUUGUCCACUACGCGCAGGUCGUCUUUGAAGCCCUGGCGGGCAAGGUCAAGCAUUGGAUCACCUUUAAUGAGCCCUGGUGUAGCAGUGUGCUGGGGUAUAAUGUGGGGCAGUUCGCGCCGGGGCGGACGAGUGAUCGGACGAAGAGUCCGGUGGGCGAUGGGUCCCGCGAGUGUUGGGUUGUCGGACAUAAUUUGCUUGUGGCGCAUGGCGCCGCGGUGAGGGUUUAUAGGGAGGAGUUUAGGGGGGUUGAUGGGGAAAUUGGGAUUACACUUAAUGGCGACUGGGCUGAACCCUGGGACCCCUCUAACCCAGCGGACGUGGAGGCCAGUGAGCGAAAGCUCGAGUUCACGAUUGGCUGGUUCGCGGACCCUAUCUACAAAGGGAAAUACCCGGACAGCAUGAUCCAGCAGCUCGGGGACCGGCUCCCGCAAUGGACGGAAGAGGAUAUCUCCCUCGUGCGUGGCAGCAAUGACUUCUACGGCAUGAACCACUACUGCGCCAACUACAUAAAAGCAAAGACGGGUGCGCCUGACCCCGACGACACGGCUGGUAAUCUGGAGAUCCUGCAGCAGAACAAGAACGGCGAGUUCGUCGGCCCCGAGACCCAGUCAACUUGGCUUAGGCCGUCGCCAAUCGGGUUCCGCAAGCUGCUGAAGUGGUUGAGUGAGCGGUAUGAGCAUCCCAAGAUCUAUGUUACUGAGAACGGGACCAGUUUGAAAGGCGAGAAUGAUCUCCCGCUGGAGGAGCUACUGCAGGAUGAUUUCCGCACGGAGUAUUUUAGGGGUUAUGUGGCUGCCAUGGCGGAUGCUUCUGCUUUGGAUGGUGUGAAUGUGAGGGCUUAUAUGGCGUGGAGUUUGAUGGACAACUUUGAAUGGGCAGACGGAUACGAGACCCGGUUCGGGUGCACCUACGUCGACUACGAGAAUGGCCAGAAGAGGAUCCCCAAGGACAGUGCCAAGCAGCUGCGUCAGAUCUUCGACCAGUAUAUCCAGAAGUAAGGUGGAUUCUGUCAGUCUGUGUAGCUAUCGAUUUAUUCUAUCGUAUUGUUUAUUUAUUCCAUAGUCUUGA